UGGCCUCCCCUGCCCGCUGGCGCCCCCUGGGGGCUGCUGGAACCUUUCGCCACCUCUUGCCGCGCUGGCAUGGAGCGGAGCUGUGCAGUGUCUGGCAGCGGGGCCGCCGCGGCCCCGGCCCCAUCCCCGUCCCCGGAGAGUGAGAGCUGCGCAGGCCUGUGGGAGCUGCCUGUGGAGCACAGCGAGAAGAGACCGGAGUGCCCGCGCUGCAGCCGUCCUCAAAAGGUGUGUUUAUGUCCAUUCCUGCCAAUACAUCCGCUCAAGGUCUCCACCUGCUUGUAUAUAAUUCAGCAUCCGGCAGAGGAAAGCCGAGUGUUGAGGACAGUGCCUUUGCUGGCAGCUUGCCUCCCUCCAGACAAGUGUAAAAUUCUGGUUGGUCGACGUUUCAGUGAGGACAGGUAUCCUGAAUUAGCAACUGUGUGCAGAAAUCCUGGUACACUAGUUUUGUAUCCUGGAGCUGAAGCAACUAACUUGGAAGAAGUAGCUGUGAUGUCUUCUAGUCCAUCUUUUAUCAUCAUCAUCGAUGGAACAUGGAGUCAGGCUAAAGAUAUAUUUUACAAAAAUUCUCUCUUCCGGCUUCCUAAGCAGGUGCAGUUGAAAACCAACAUUUCAAGUCACUAUGUAAUUCGUACACAGCCAACAAACAGCUGUCUGUCUACGCUAGAAUGUGCAGCUGCUGCUCUCUCUAUCAUGGAGAAAAAUAAGAGUAUACAAGAGACUAUGAUUCGUCCACUUCAAGCUUUAUGCUCUUUCCAGCUUCAGCAUGGUGCCCAGGUCCAUCACAGCAAGGAGCAUCUUCUCAAAAAUGGAUUAUAUGACAAGCCAAUGCCAAAGAACAAGCGCAAGCUGCGAAGAAUGGAGCUUUUGGUGAACAAUGUUAAAAUAUAAGAGAACUGUACUGGCAGUACAGUGGGAUUUAUUUGCAGCUAACAAAUAUGAAUCUGCAUUUGAUCCAGAUGGUUGACUGUACUGCAGUAAAACAACUUUUAGAUCCCUUACAGGCAACAGUUUAUCUACCCAUGCAACAAACAGUGAUGGAUAAGCAUUUUCAUUUUUAGUGGGCUAGGUGCCUUUUUUCAGAUGGUACAAGAUCUUCUAAUUUCCUGUAGGAAAGAAGAGAAAGACUGAGCAUCAUUUAGAAUUCUGUUAUCUCUUGGGUGACAGGUAUGAUCCUCAGUAUGACUGGGUAAAUUUAGUUUGGAGAAACAUACUGGUAUGAAAAGACAAGAAAUGUGAAUGUAAUGGAAUGGCAAGACUUCGGUAUUUAGAUGUAUAUUGAUUUUCUGCUGAGCAUUUUAGCUUCUAUAUCUAAUUACAGUAGGUUUUCAAACUCUAAUUCUUUGUAUGGCUUGGUUGAAAUGCGCGUAAGGCGUGCUUUUUGUAUAGUGGUUUUUAAUAUAGAGAUUGUUUCUUACAUGACUAGAAUUAGUUUUUCUAAGUUUAUAUCCAUUUUACAAUGCAGCCAGGUUUAGUUUGUCUCUCAGACUUAAUUUUUAAAUGAAAUCCACCUAUGUUUUUACCACAGCCUUAACACUUGCAGCUUAAAAAGGUAAGGAAAGUGAAUGCAGAGCAAUUAUUUUGGGAAUUAUAACUCAGGUGCUUCACUUCUACUUGAGGAAAAACUACUCUUCUGUACAAGUGGAUGUUUCUUACUUCAUACCCAUACUUUGACAUACAAUGAUGAUGACAUUAAAAGAAUUAAACAAGCCCAAUAUAAACAGCUCUGUAAGAAGUAUGAUGCAGUGGCGAGUGAUUAUAACUGGGUACCGCUUACUAACAUGAUUGCAGAUCCAUUGGAUUUACAUCUCUUCUCUAAUUAGUUCUUCUUUUCUAACAGUCAUUUAACUAUACCUCUUUCAAAAUUGAAAUCACUAGAAGCAGAAUAAUUGGGUAUUUGUUACAAUCCUGGUGACAUAAUAUUUUAUGAUCUGGACGAAAAAGAAAAAAUUAAAUAAAACUUUUGAUUUUCCUUUC